UUGGAACGACCUUCUCAUGUUGUUUCAUCAUGUGUAAAGCUCUCACUGACAGAGAUUGAGCCGAACCAAGGGAGCUAAUUUUCUGACAAGUUUGACAUUUCAGACAACAACAACAAAACAACAACAACAACUGACGUGGAUACAAUCAAAACAAGAUGAGCUCAAAGGAUGACCUUCAGUUCCACGACUCUGGUGGUCAGGAAGAUGUGAUGUUUGACCGGUCAGGCGGACAGCUACACACAUUUACCAGUUUCCCACACUCAGCUGUAGAUAUGGAUGAUGAGGAAGAGGAAGGGGGAGAUAAAUCUCAAUUGCUGAAAGAAGGUGAAAAGAAGUCCCUGUCAUUUUGGACAUUUGAGUAUUACCAGCAGUUUUUUGAUGUGGAGACUCGUGAAGUAUUUCAUCGUAUAGCAGGGUCUAUGAUGCCAAUUCCAAAUCGGAAUUACCUCCAACAGAAAAUUCGGCCCAAUCCAGAUCUUUAUGGUCCCUUUUGGAUCUGCAUGACACUGGUGUUCACCACAGCCAUUGCUGGCAAUCUGGCCAACUACCUGUCAGCUGGGGGAAAGGACUACCAGUGGAGAUAUGACUUCCACAAAGUAACAUUUGCAGCAUCUGCAAUCUUCACAUAUUGGUGGAUCAUUCCUGCGAUCAUGUACGGACUGUUGUGGUGGCGUAAGUCCCAGGCUGGCUUCACUUUCCUGGAGAUACUGUGUGUGUAUGGGUACUCCCUGGCCAUCUACAUUCCCAUUUCGAUCCUGUGGGUUAUCAACGUGGCCUGGUUCAAGUGGUCGUUGGUUGUGGUGGGUGCGUGUCUCUCAGGCGGGGUCCUAGUCAUCACGUUCUGGCCUGCACUGAAAGAUGACACGAAGAAAAUAGCCCUGGUCAUUGUCAGUCUGAUAUUCGUGCUACAUCUAGCACUGGCCGCAGGAUUUGUGCUGUAUUUUUUCCACGUUCCUCCCCCUGUGUCCCCUGCUGUCACCAACACAACCAACACAGCUGUACCGCUUUCAUCAACAGGAAAGCCUUUUGCUGUUGAUAUGCCAAAUAUGAAGCCACAAGAAUCUAACAGACCCCUGGCUGAAAAGCCCCAGGCAUCAAACUUGCAGGCAGAUAAACCAGGGACUAAAGAAAAAGAUGUAGAAAUAAAACUAAAAGGAAAUGCUGAUAAGCCAGAAAAAGACAAAAAAUUAGAACAAACAGAUAAUAAUAAUGCUAGAGGUACAAAUGUAGAUUCGCGAAGUAAGAUGACACAGACAGAAAACUAAGCUGAUAUUGGAAAAAAGGAUAGUUAGGUAAAAGAAAGGAUUGAUGGAAGUUGUAUUGUAGAAUAUACAGUUGAUUCAACUGUCCAAAGAUGUGUUGUGGGGGGCAUCAGUGUCCGUGAUGCAUUUCUAGUUUCAUGUAUUAUUUAAAGAGGUUUUUACAGUUUGUGAAAUGUAUCAUUAUGAAAGAAUCUUUGCAAUAUCGGAAAACAAGGUGGCUUGUAAUGUCUGAACCGAUAAUGUACCAAUUAUUGCAAAAAACUACAGAAUCAUCAUGUCCAAUUUUUAUGAAUAUUUAAAAUGUGUUGUAUUUUCCCAGGCUUCUAUAGUGGGCGAUGACUAGCAACUAUUGCUCAUUAAAUCUACUGAACAUAAUUAAGUAAAUUAUGUGCAAUGCAUUUGAUUAAUAAUUACUAUAUAUAUAAUCUCAGCUUGUGUGUGUGUGUUUAUUUUGUUAAGAUGAAAAAGUUAUCUGGUAAUAUAUGUACUCUUUAAAAUACCUGACCAGAUGCAGUCAGUAUAAAGUGGAAACCCAUUCAAAUAUGUGGGGCAUAAUUACAGCUUUUGUGGUUUAAAUUUUAUUCAAAUCCGAAAUUAUUAUACAAGUUUAUAUGUGUUAACAAAGUUUAUGUUAAAGAUGUAUAUAAUAUGUGUUAUUUCAUUAAUAUAAGUGGGUUAUGAUGUUGAAUUUGUAAUGGCUUUAUGUGUGUUUUUUCAUGACUUAUUAUUUAUUCAGCAUUUAAUGUGGUACAUCUUUGGAUUUUCUGUAUGAGCAAUAAAUAUUUAAAAACUUCUUUAAAAAUGCCUUGCCAUAUUUUUAUUUGUUAUUUGAAUCACUGUUUUGAAUUUUUGAAUGUUUGUUAAAAUUCUUUUAGAGCACAUUUGAAGGGAAUUAUAUGCUCUUUCACAAUUCAAAAAACAAACAAGAAUAAAGGGAGAUUUUUUAAAGACAAUACCAAACACUAAACUCAACACUAUAUAUUCAGUUCAGGUAAGAUAUUGCAAAGAUAUUAAGUUGUAUUUAUUUAAAAGCAGAUAAAAAGGAGUAAAACAUAAUAAAACUAUGGUACAUUUA